AUGGAAGCUAAUGAUAAACGAAGCCUUACAAUUAACAAAAAGAGUGUUGAUAUGGCUUCAAAUUUCGCUGAAGGUGAUGUUAAUGUUAUUGAUAAUGUCGACGGGAAAAUCCAUGAUCCAGAAAAAAUUUAUGAAAAGAAAUUAGAUGAAGAUUCUCUAAUUCCCAUGAUUGCAGCG